CCUUGUCGUUAUUUUACUCGUAUCAUGUGAUAGGAAAUGUCAAAAGAGUUCCACGAUAGUCAUGACAAUUGACACUUCAAAUUCUUUUUGAUAAAGAAAACAGUCUUGUAAUUUACUGUAAUUAUCUAAAUAAAAUUGUCAGUGUAAUUGGAAAAUGAAGUCAAAUACUACCAAACCGACUGAAAAUAGUGCUGAAGACAACAAUGAAGAAAUGGAGAUGGAAGAGGAAACUGAAGAACAAGAACAAGAGUACGAAACAUUGAAUUCCAAAAUCGACCAGCUGAAUUUGGUGCUUGACGUGUUGGAGAGGAAGAACGACGACAUUCAGGCGCAGUUGGUGGCACUCCUCAAGUCUAGCAGAGAGGAAAGAGAGAAACAACAGCCGAGCGGAGAGAAGCCAACGUCAUAGACUGCCCACAUUAAAUGUUAUCAAUUAAAUCAACCUGUGUUGAUAUAACUUGAUUUAAAUAAUUCCAUAGAAAAACCAACCGCCUUUCCUGUUCCUUAUUCAUGAACGAAUAAAAAGUUACGAUGAACAUAUUGUAUGUAAUAUUGACUCAAAAAUAGGUCAGUGUUAACAUGGUUUUCUACUGAACUGUUGUCAUUUCUCAACUAAUUUUAUGAUUGCAAAUCAAAAUCAUUCGUGUAUUUUUUUAAUUCUCUAAUACAAAUGAGCAAUAAGAUGGCUGUGGAAGGAGAAAAAAGAAUAGGAGAUGGAUGGAGAGGGGUUUGGAUAUUUUCUUUGUUGAACUUUUUGUCUUAUUAGGUCUAUAAUUUCCGGUUCAAAACUACUACAUGUAGUUAGAUUUUAAUCCUGGAUAGAUUUCACUACUACAAAGUAGGCUUAAAAUUUACCCAAAACUAUUUCUUCAAAGAUGAGUCCGUAUAAGUAAUAAAAAUGAUGUAUCAACUCAAGAUCCUAAAAAUAAGUAUUUGUAGUUGUAAGCAAUGUAUUGUUGUUACUACAUUCGGAUUUCAGUUUCAGUUUACAUGAUCAAUAUUUUAAAUUAUUUAAAAAUGCAUAACUAUUAUUUGCAAUGUAUAAAAUUUAAACAACCUUACGAAAUGAAACACCUGUCUUUACACAUUCCAGUAUAAUUAACAGAAUUCACAAGUUAUGUAAAAUUGUGUAAAUAAAAUUGUAGCUAGCUUGCUCUGUUUA